GCUUUUUCUGCUCCCGAUUACAUUUCUUCUCCUGUUAAAGUAAUAGACUGGAGGUGUGAAUGAAAAAUCAUAGCAAGGCUGUGACACGCGGGUCAUUAGGACACUGUGUGUGAACCAGCCGCCCCCUCAUCUGAGCAGGUUGCCAGCCCUGCGUAGUCUGAGUAAAACGUCCAGAGAACUGGACAACACCGCCCUCCACAUUUCGUCAAAACUUUAUAGCAUGAUGAAGGCUGUGCAGACGGCAAGAAGAGCGGGAGGCAACACUGGCGGGUGAACUUUCCCUCCGUCUGAAGAGUUUACACCGCUAUUAAACCGUCAUAGCGCAUCUCGUGUCUCGUCUCGUGCCAACAGGACUGAGACGGUCAGACCGAAAAGAAAACAAGCGAGCGACAGACUGUGAGAAAGUGAGAAAGCUCUGUUAGUUCGCCGUAAGACGUUAAAUGAAACGUGAAGGCGAUUUGGAAAUACUAACACUGACUUAGCGGACUGUGUAACUGUCAGGUCACAGUUGUUCACCAUGGUCCAUAAGUACGAUACGGAGAGAGCUGUUGGGUUACUGAAGCAGUAUCAGGCUAGUCUGACUAGCCCAGAGGAGCAGGCUCUGAAGACCAGUGUGGGAAAGGUUUCUGCUAUCUUUGGCAGCCAGCUGUUUAAGGCCCUUUUAGAUAUUCAAGAGUGCUAUGAGGUGACCCUGCAGCUAAAUGCAACAGAGAAUGGAAAAAAAGAGAACGGCCCUAAGGAAACAUUGGAGCAGAGCUCGGAAGUGGAGGGUGUGUCACGAGUGCGAGUGACCAGCAGGAGGAGCCCACAGAAGGUGGAGAGAGUGGCCGGGCUUGUGAGUCACUCCCAUGUAGAGGCACCCAAGGGCAAGCGGGCUGAGAGGCAAUUCAGUGCUCAGCUCCUCUCUGCAGGCUGAGAAGAGAGAGAGAACGAAAGAAAAUCGCUACCCAUUGCAGGAGGAAGAAAAGGAGGAAAUCUAGCUGGUAAAAAAGAAGAGAAAUCCAGAGGAAGAAUCACGGAUAUCAUUUAUAUAUAUACAAAUUGUUUAUAUAUAUAUUUGUACACACGCAUAUAGUUAUUUAUAUAUAUAUAUAUAUAAAUAUACAU